AGUUCAAUUUUACUUUCAUUGUGACAAAGCAGCAUCAAAUUCAAUGCAAUGUCUCACAAUAGCUGCGCUCUCCCUCUUCCAAGCACAGAGAUUCUCUCUCCACGCCACACAGCCACUGCCAUGGCAUGGGGACAGGUGGCAUCAGCAACUCAAGACUGUCUUCCCUACCCUCUUCUUUGCCUCUUUCACCAGUAUGAAGUUAAAACCAGGACUACCCAGGCAGGGGGAGCUGCCUUCACUCACCCUUUCCCACUAUUGCUUUCAGAAACAUCUCCCCAUCUCUACAAUGGGGACUUUGUAAGCACAGAUGUGGGUCCCAUGAGUACUAGAGAAGGAAGCAGUAGCUGCAAAGAUCUUGGUUUCUCUGGCCCUUCUGACAGCAAGUACGACCAGGAGCAGCUCCCUAAUCUACAUACUACAGAUCUAUCCACAAGAAGAUAGAUGGAACCACUCUCCUCUUCUGAAUUCUAGAGCCUUGAGGAGGUUAACCUGAGUGGCUCAGCUUGGAUCGAGUGCCCAUCCUGGUCCAAAUAACUGUAGCAGCACAUCUGUGUAUUUGUGUAUUUGUUCCUCCAUAAUCUUGCAGUCCGGGGAAACUGUGCAGAUGGAUGGGUUCCUGAAAAGCAGGAGUUGCUUAGACAACCCUAGAGGUGUUCAGUUCUGGGAGACAAGAGUUGGGCCAGGUUGAUAACUAACCUAAGAGAGUCAGAAUCAAAUGAAUAAGAACGAAAUCUUGGGUGACCACCUAGAUCAAGAGUCUCAAGGUUCAGUCAUUUCAAAAAGUUCAAGUCUCAUUGGUUUUUGGCCUUCUGGCUAAGAUCAUGUACAGCAUCUGUUCUUACCACUUUAAUAUCUGAUACAUUCUCUAUCUGAGGAUAAUAUAAUAAAUAGAUUUUUGGAGCAAGGAGAUGGAAUAGGAGCUUGUUCUGUUCACUCUACACAUUGACUUGGAUUGCAGUACCUCCAGGAAUGGUGCACCCUCUCUACCACCCCCAAAAAGUCCAAGUCUCAAGAGGUAGUCCGGAAAAAAGUGUUUUUGGAUUUAUCUACAUUUUUUUUUUUCUGAGAUGGAGUCUCGUUCUGUCACCCAGGCCGGAGUGUGGUGGCACCAUCUUGGCUCACUGUAACCUCUGCCUCUGGGAUUCAAGCGAUUCUCCUUCCUCAGCCUCCCAGGUAGCUGGGAUUACAGGUGUGUAUCACCAUGCCCAGCUAAUUUUUGUAUUUUUAGCAGAGACAGGGCUUCACCAUGUUGGCCAGGCUGGUCUCGAACUCCUGACCUCAGAUGAUCUACCUGCCUUGGCCUCCCAAAGUGCUAAGAUUACAGGCAUGAGCCACUGGGCCUGGCCUAAUUUUUGUAAUUUUAGUAGAGAUGGGUUUUCACCAUGUUGGCCAGGUUGGUCUCGAACUCCUGACCUCAGGUGAUCCACCCCCCCCACCCUGCCUUGGCCUCCCAAAGUGCUGGCACUACAGGCAUGAGCCACCACUCCUGGCUGAGUUUACCUACAUUUUGGAGAUGCUGCACUCCAGGUCCCUCUUUUCAAGAGUCACAUAAGUAUUUGCAUAUGGAAGACCCUGAGAAGGCACCUGGGAAAAAAAACCUGUUUAACUGUAAAUAUAAUAAUGUAUGUAUUUGUACGUGGACCUCUUCUUUUAGUAGAUUAUCUAUAAACCGUCCACUGUUCCCAAUGCGUACUUUGGAGACCGACCUACAUUACCAGUUUUCCCUGCUAGUUAUUUUUAUAAGGAUUGGGAUGGUCCAUAAGUGAACAGUCUUGAUUUAAAGCAGGGUUUCCCGAACCUCCUUUAUUUGCCUACAACCUUCCUGGAAUUUGUCUUAUAUGUCCCCUCUGUGCACUAUUCCUAUAUGUUUUUGUGUAAAUCAGUCACUUUUUUAAAAAGCCUCAUCCCAGUUAUAUCCUUAAAACAAUGGUCAUUUUCUCUUAUACAUAUUGAAAUACAUAUCUAUUAGAAUUAAAAUGCUUGUCCAUGCACUA